AUGAGUUGGAAAGGCCUGACCAAGAGCGUUACCCGAGCGCCACAAACCUUCAAGCAACGGUUCAAUCUUGGCGAGAUUACCAAAGACCCAAUCUAUACAGAUGCCGAACGACGCUUCCAGGAGUUGGAGAAGGAGACAAAGAAGCUUCAUGAUGAAUCAAAGAAGUACUUUGAGGCCAUAAAUGGCAUGCUCACACACCAAAUCGAGUUCUCGAAAGCCAUUGCCGAGAUCUAUAAGCCAAUCUCCGGUCGUAUGUCCGAUCCCGAUUCGUUUCACGACGAAGGCAACGCAGCCGGCAUAGAAGCUUGCGAGCAAUACCAGGCUGUAGUGCAGGAAUUGCAGGAGACCCUUAAGCCCGAGCUCGAAAUGAUAGAAACUCGAGUCAUCCGACCUGCGGAUGAGCUCCUAGUAAUCGUAAAAGCCGUUCGCAAGAUUGCCGCUAAGCGCGAUCACAAGCAACUCGACUACGAUAGGCACCGCGCCGCAUACAAGAAGCUUGAAGAGAAGAAAGAUAAGACGCUGAAAGAUGAGAAGGCUAUGUAUAAGGCUGAGAAUGAUUUGGAGCAAGCCACACAAGACUUUAACUACUUCAAUGAUCUGCUCAAGGACGAGUUACCGAAGCUCUUCGCAUUGGAAAGAGAGUUCAUCAAGCCCCUGUUCCAGUCGUUCUACUACAUGCAGCUAAACGUGUUCUACACAUUACAUGAGCGUAUGCAACGGCUGGAUAUUGGUUACUUUGAUCUCACUCUGGAUAUUGAGGCAGCCUACCUCAAGAAGCGCGGAGAUACCCAGGAAGAGGCGGAAAAGAUAUCCAUUGUCAAGUUCAAGACCACCGGUGGUGCUCGCGUAGCAGGGGCGAGGCCAGGCCAGUCCAAGUACGCAACAAAGGCACUGGAAGCUAAGGCUGGCCGAAGUUCGUUAUCCGAAGAAACGGAAGCACCGCCACCACCAUACAGCCCUGGACCUUCAGCAGCCGCUACCGGCGAUAUCAAGUCACCUGCACUGUCAUCAGCCUCAUGGGGUUCUGCUGCCAAAGCCAAGGGUGCGGCGCCGCCACCUCCAAAACCCAAGCCUUCUCGUCUCAGUGGGGCACCCGCUGCUGAGACUGUCACAGCCCUGUACGAUUACGAAGCCCAAGCUGAAGGUGACCUGAGCUUCUUGACUGGUGACGUUAUCGAGAUUGUUUCUCGUACUCAAAACGAAAAUGAAUGGUGGAUUGGCAAGGUGCGGGGGAAGCAAGGACAGUUUCCAGGAAACUAUGUCAAACUGAACCAUUAG